GAAAAAAUUUUUUUUUUUUUCCUGAAUUCAACUAAUCAAUAUGAUUAUGGGAUUAAAAUUUUCCCUCCAAGUGUUUAUUACAUUAUUCUGCGUAAUUUACGUUAUUAAUGGUAUUAAUGGAUUAGAUAAUGGACUCGGUCGCACUCCCCCAAUGGGAUGGAAUAGUUGGAAUAGGUUUCAUUGUAAUAUCAAUGAGAAUUUAAUUAAGCAAACUGCGGAUGCUCUUAUCAAAUAUGGAUUAGACGAAGUCGGUUAUAAAUAUUUGAAUAUGGAUGAUUGUUGGGAAGGUAAAAGGGAUGAACAAGGAUACAUUCAUGCUAGUAACGUCACUUUCCCGAGCGGUAUUAAAGCUUUAGCAGAUUAUGCCCAUUCAAAAGGACUUUUAUUCGGAAUUUAUAGCGAUGCAGGUUAUCUUACAUGUGCUAGACGACCAGGAAGUCUCGGAUUCGAAGAACAAGAUGCAAAGACAUUUGCAUCAUGGGAAAUUGAUUAUUUAAAAUACGAUAAUUGUAAUAAUAAUGGUAAACCAGAGGAAGAUCGAUAUAAGGUUAUGCGUGAUGCGCUUAAUGCUACUGGAAGACCUAUAUUUUAUAGUAUUUGUGAAUGGGGGAGAAGCGCGCCAUAUCUUUGGGCACCUUCAGUUGGAAAUAGUUGGAGAACAACAGGGGAUAUCCAUCCAACAUGGCCAUCAAUUUUAGGUAUAUUACAAAGACAACAUAGAAUAACAAAAUACGCAGGUCCAGGUGGUUGGAAUGAUCCUGAUAUGCUACAAGUUGGAAAUGGUAAAUUAACGGUCGAUGAACAGAAAAGUCAUUUCUCUUUAUGGGCCGCACUAAAAUCUCCUCUUUUACUUGGUUUUGAUAUUAGGAAUCCAUCUCAUGAUACCUUGGAAAUCGUAAAAAAUACUGAAAUUAUUGCUAUUAACCAAGAUCCGUUGGGAAAAUCAGUAAAUAUCGUGAAAAGUACAAGUUAUUUAGAUAUAUGGGUUGGUAAAUUAUCCGAUGGUCAUGUAGCUCUAUUACUUAACAAAGAUGAAUCACCUACUACAAUUAAAUUGGAUUUUGCUAAACAUGUGAAUAUACGAGGAGAAAUUUUAGUUAGAGAUUUAUGGGAACACGAAGAUAAAGGAAUUUACGUUAAUAGUUAUUCGUGUGAAGUACCUAAACAUGGUAUAGCCGUAUUAAAACUUUUUGGUGGAACAAAGAUUAAUGAUUUUACAGUUCAAUAUUAUGAUCAUAAUGAUAAUUUAAUUAAUGAUUUUUAUAAUGAUGAUUUAAUUAAUGAUUUUUAUGAUAGUGCUUUUGGUAGAAAUUGAUUAAUUGAAUUUUCUUUAAAGAAAAAAAAAUGUAUUAUUUACAAAAUCGUUAUAUUGGUUAUAACGAUAAGUUAGUAAAAUAAAG